GGUUCGAGUCUUUGCUGUACCGCAACUGUCCGCAACUGUCGUAACCUAGCCUAGCCAAGUUACCCGAUUUGUUUCUAUGAGACACAGUAAACCAGAAAAGAAAAAAGAGACAAAGAUUUUUGAGUUUUGUGGAUAUAUCGAACGCUUCAAACGAACAUGAAGUUUAUGACAAAAAUGUUUGGUAAUUUGAGACAUAUAAAGUGUGCGUUUGACAGAAGAUCGUAUUUGUUAUCGUUGGAUAACGUCAACGUGCAAGCGAGAUACAAAACUAAAAACAUCGCAAGACCUAAAGCCAUCGAAAUAAAUAAAUACAAACACCAAGAAUCGACUGGAAUACUUGGCUAUUGCUUGUUGAGUGUACCUGUUCUUACUUUUGCUCUUGGUACGUGGCAAAUUAAAAGAUGGCUGUGGAAGCUAGAUUUGAUAGAUAAUAUGAAGCAACGCACUUCAGCAGAACCAAUCAGCUUGCCAUCAAACCUAGAUGAGCUACAAGAUAAGGAAUACUAUCGUGUAAAAGUAAAGGGCAGAUUCCUUUAUGAAAAAGAAUUUUUAAUAGGACCUAGAAGUCUUAUUCUGGACGGGGCAGGUGUUGCUGAAAAAGGCGGUGCAAUGUUCUCUCACAGAUCCGGCACAGGAUAUUAUGUUGUUACGCCUUUCAAACUAGAAGACCAAGACUUGACUAUUAUGGUCAAUCGUGGAUGGAUACCUAAAAGUCAUCGCUAUACUUACGUGAACGAGAAUAAGAUGACCGACGUUGUAGAAAUUGUCGGCAUUAUUAGAGGGACUGAAAAACGACCUAUAUUUAUGGCCAAAAAUGCUCCUGCAAAAGGAGUAUGGCAUUACAGAGACUUGGAUGCAAUGGCAAAGAAAGCGGACGCCGAACCUGUGUAUAUAGAAUUGCUACACGAAUACACCACACCUCAGGGACCGAUUGGUGGUCAAACUAAAAUAUCUUUAAGAAACGAACAUCUCAGUUACAUAAUUACUUGGUUCGCAUUGUCCGCGUGUACGGGAUACAUGUGGUUCCAACACUUUAUAAGGAAACGUCCUAUCGUUUAGUCACAUUAUUUAGUCGCAUUAUUAUUAUUUUUUUUUUUAAAGGUCGAUGUACCGCGUGUAUAUAUUUUGUGUACAAACAGUGAUAUA